AUGGCUUUUCCCGUCAUGGCAAAAAGAAAAUCGUUGAUACAAAUUGAACAUCGCUCACAAAUUAAACUGAAAAAACCUACUUCCUCCUCAUCAGCAUCCUCCUCCGAUGAUAAUAGAAUUAUUAAAAGAAAUAAUAAUAAAAUAAAAAGACAAUCAAAAUUAUUCGAAUUCGAUAUACCAACAUCUUCAAAUCCUAUAUUGAAAUCAACUAAAUUAAAAUAUCAAAACGAACAAAUUAUACUCCGACAUGAACAAAAUCGAUAUCAAAAUGAAGAAAUUAAAUUCGCUAAUAAAAUCAAUGAUCCCAUCAUAAUAGAAGAGGAAGAAGAGUUGGCCCAGACUGAAUGCAUCGAUAUGAUUUACGAAAUUGAAGAAGAAAUUUCUCCCUCUCAAAAUAAGGAUAGAUAUCAAAAACAAGAAAAAUCAUUAUUCAUAUCAGAAUCUUCAGCUGCUGCUGAAGAAGAAGAAGAAGAUGAUGAUAUUGAUGAUAUUGUACUUCCUAAGGUCGAUGAUAAUGAAAUAAUAUCAUUAUCUGAUGGUUAUGCUGAAGAUUUAGAACAGAAAGAUGAGCAACAUGAAAUAAUAACAGAAAUACCCGCAUAUACCACAGAUACAACUAUUAACAACAUUAUGUGCCCAAUUUGUAGUAAAGAUUUGUCAGAUUUACAAAUUUAUCAAAGAGAAACUCAUGCUGAAACAUGCUUUGAAAAACAUUUAUCAAAAAUGGAAAAACAAAAGAAGAGGCAGAAGAAGAAGAAAAUCACAAGAUCACCAUCAACAUCAACAUUGUUUUCUCCAAAGAAACCAAGUAACAACACCACCGAUACCACUACAAUCAAGAAAAUAAGACCACCAUUACCAUCAAUUAAAAAGAUAAAAUUAUCAAAUGAAAAGUAUGUAGUGGUAGAUGGUUUCAAUUAUUCCACAUCUAAUGAGAAAAAAAAAUUGGAAUACUAUUUCCUUUCACAUUUCCAUUCUGAUCAUACAAUCGGUUUAUGUAAGUCAUGGUUUGAAAGAAACAAUCUGAACAACAGCACUGCAACUUCACCAAAGAUCUAUUGUUCUCCCAUAACAUCUUUAUUGUUACAACAUGUCUAUGGUUUCAAAUUAAAUGAACAAAUUGCUGAAUUGGAAAUUAAUGUCCCUAUGACUAUUUUCAAUGAUGACUUGGAAGAAACCAUUGAAGUGGUAGCACACGAUGCUAAUCAUUGUCCAGGAUCACUAAUAUUCAUUUUCACAAUCAAAAACGUUCAAACACAAACAACUAGACAUAUUUUACAUACUGGAGAUUUUAGAUGUAAUAAUGAAAUGAUUUCAAAAUUACAAAAACAAUUCAAAAAAUUUGAUGCCGUUUAUUUAGAUACAACUUAUUUAAACCCAUUGUAUGAAUUUCCCAAUCAAAAAUCUGUAGUUAAUAUUACUUCUCAAUUCGCUAAAAACGUUACUCAAAUGGGUUUGAAGAAAUUCUUCAAUAACGAACAAAAAUCAAUAAUGUCAUACUUAACCACCUCAAUGAAGAAAAGCAAUCAUUCCAACAAAAUAUUGUUUUUAGUAGGAUCUUAUUCUAUCGGUAAGGAAAAAAUUGCCCUCGGGAUCUUAAACGCAAUCUCAACUAGCCUCCCUGAUGACAAACCUAGAAUUUACAUUAAUGGCAAAACGAUAAGAUCCAAAAUAUUUUCCAGCGACACUGAAAGAUUUCAAAGUACAACCCCACAUGAUUCAAACAUUCAUUUAGUAUCAUUAUCCACAUUAAGAUCAAAUGAAUCCAUUUCAUCAUAUUUGAAAAAUUUAAACAUCAAGGAAUCAUCAUACGAUGAUAUAAUUGGAUUCGUCCCCACUGGAUGGACAUUCAAUAACCGAUACAAGAAAUUGGAAUUCCCUCUAGAUACCAUAGAUGAUAGGUUGGAUUUUUUAUUGAAAGAGAAAGAUAUAUUGAAUUCAAGUGAUGAUUUUGAAAUGGAUUGGAUCAAAAGACAAUAUAAGCCGUUUAAUAAGUUUCAAAUUUUUAAAAUUCCUUAUUCGGAACAUAGUAGUUUUAAAGAAUUAUGUAAAUUUGGUUGUCUUAUUGAAUGGGGUAAGAUGUUAUCUACUGUGAAUUUGAAUGAUUCGGAACAAUUACGUGAAUGUAAUGAAUGGUUUAAAACAUGGAAAAGAUAUAAAGUGCGUCGCAAUUGUAAAGAAAGAGAUAUACCAAAUGUUGAAGAAGUUAUCGAAGAAACAGAGAUGGAAGAAAUAACAGUAGAAAUAAGAGAAAGUAUGACCUGA